AUGGCGGGCUUUCGCGGCUGGGCGACUAUAGUCGCCAAUCUACUGAUGUUCGUGGGCAUACUUACCUUCUCAUCAGGCUUCUUCCCAUAUAAACCAUUGAUUCCUGGACUGGCAACAUUUGAGACUGAGAAUGAUCCGGCGCCUGCGGUCUUUGACAAGGUUAUAUUUAUGGUAGUGGACGCAUUGCGGAGUGACUUCGUAUAUUCCAAUGACUCAGGAUUUCAGUUUACGCAAAGCUUGAUACGAUCUGGCGCUGCGUUACCAUUCACUGCCUAUGCGGGCUCUCCAACCGUUACAAUGCCUCGAUUGAAAGCUAUCACCACCGGCUCCGUCCCGUCUUUCUUGGAUGUUAUUUUGAAUAUUGCCGAAUCGGAUACUUCAUCCACAUUGGCACACCAAGACACAUGGUUGGCACAAUUAAAAGCAACGGGAGGACGGCUUGUGAUGUAUGGGGAUGAUACCUGGCUGAAGCUGUUCCCGGGAAUGUUUGACCGAGCUGAUGGAACUACCAGCUUCUUCGUAUCGGACUUCACGGAAGUAGAUCAUAAUGUGACUCGACACCUUUCCAACGAGCUCGGCCAAGAUGACUGGUCUGGCUUUUUUAUGCAUUACCUGGGCCUAGAUCAUAUUGGACACAAAGCUGGUCCGAAAAGUCCCUUUAUGGUGCCGAAACAGCGUGAGAUGGAUGAAGUGGUCAAUAAGAUCUACACAGCAAUGCAACAACAACAACAUCUCCAGUCCGCCCUUUUUGUCUUGUGUGGAGACCACGGCAUGAACGAGGCCGGAAAUCACGGCGGGUCCUCUGCUGGCGAGACAUCACCCGCUUUGAUUUUCAUGUCGCCCAAGUUUGAAAGAUUGGGUGGCAGAGAAAGCCCCGUUGAACCAUCAGGCGAUAUGAGAUACUAUCAGACGGUUGAGCAAGCAGACAUUGCCCCGACUUUAGCGGGACUGCUCGGUAUCCCGAUUUCCCUGAAUAGCCUGGGUGUGUUCAUCCCAGACUUCUUGGAGAUGUGGGAUCAAAGUGCUCACAAAAUCCGAAUUCUAUCUCAAAACGCAAAACAAUUAUUGAACACGUUGACGACAACUUUCCCCGGCUCUACGUUCAGAUCUGACGAUAUCGUAUCCUGUGAAUCUGGAGAUUUGAGGGGAAUUGAAGGUGCCCAAUGUGCAUGGGCUCUAGCCCAGCAACUUCUGUCUGAUGGAGCCGCAAAUGACGAUUCUUACUCCACAGUCGGACCGGCUUUGUUACAGUUCUCAAAGAUUGCACAGGAAGUCAUGAGCCGGACUGCUAGCAAUUAUGAUAUCUGUAGGCUUAGCCUGGGUCUGUUGAUCACAAUUCUGGCAGGCUUACUUGUACUUCCUGCCACACUGAGGGAGUGUACACGACGAAGAUCCUCCGGAAUAUUUUUGACGCUCAUGGUUAUAACCUAUGGGCUGAUGAUGUUUGCAAGCAGUUAUGUGGAAGAGGAGCAGCAGUUUUGGUAUUGGGUUUGUUCUGGAUGGAUAUUCUAUCUGCACAUCAAAUCGGAAUAUUCCAAACAAGAACAUACACAAUCCGGUUCAUUCCUUUGGUCUGGAAGAUGUGCUAUCUUUGUCCUCGCAACCUCUCAGCGAUUGUUGCGACGAUGGAACCAAACAGGACAAAAGUUCGCUGCCGAGCCUGAUAUUGCUCAUACCUUCUUUGGGCGUCAUCCAGAGAUCUUCUGGGGUCUCCUCGUUCUCACAUACUUGGAUGCCGGUUUUGGUCUUGUUCGGAGAGUACAAGUCUCUGGAAUCUUGAAACUCAGUGCUUUCGUCCCUGCCUUGUUGGCGUUUACGUUCAAAUUGCAUUUUGUGGCAUCGGAAUCCCCCGAACUUUUGGAUGGAACAUUUAUCUCCAAGAUAUUGAAGGAAUGGCCCUACAGUCUGUCAUUGGUCGUCCAUGCCAGGCUUGUGUUUUAUGGGCUUGCUGUCAUUGUCCUGCUAGCAGUCUCUGCCAGAAAAUGCUCAAGUGUUGUCAAAGCACUCCACGACACUAUCCAAGAAGCCUUACACAUCUUCUUAAUGACACAAUCCCGAUCUACCAACGUCCCAUUGUUCCUCCUUUUCCGAGUCCAAUCCAGAAUUUUCUCUUCCUUGAACCUCACGGGGAUCGAAGUCACGAUCACCACAUUAAUUUUUCAGUAUAUGACCUUCUUUGCAUUCGGCGGCUCAAACGCAAUCUCCUCGGUGGACCUCGCAAGUGCAUAUAACGGUGUUGGCAGCUACAGUGUAGUGCUUGUGGGCGUUUUGACCUUUGUGAGCAACUGGGCCGGACCUAUCUGGUGGGCUUUACAGAGUCAUCGUCUCCGGCCAAAGACUACCGAACAUGAUGCCGCAUCGCUGCUGACCUUCCAUGUCGCCAUGUCCUUGGUGUCUGUCAUGGCCGCCUGCACUUUGCUCCGGACUCAUCUUUUCAUCUGGACCGUGUUUUCUCCUAAAUAUCUCUACAGUAUGGUGUGGGCCAUCGCCAAUCACAUGGGUGUCAAUUUGUUAGGCGAGAUCAUUUUUUCUCGAUCUCGAUAG